GCGUGGCUAGUAGGGGGCGUGGCCAAGUGGGGGGGACGCACCCGGAAGCGGCGCCGGUCACCGAGCGGGUCCCGAUCCGGCGGGCGCGGAGGGGAGCGGAACCCGGGAUGCGUUCCCUCCGGCUCCGACCUCGAUAAGGGACGGUGCCGGCGCCCAUGGAAUCGCGGCGCCCGCUGCCCGCUGGCCUCUGGGAACCGCAGCUCGGGCGGGCUGUCUGCGAGGAGCUGGCGUUUCCCCUUCCCGGCGGCUUUUGUAGAACAUCUCCUCCGCUUCCCUGCGCCCACCGUUGGCUUUCUGACCCCCACCGGAACCGCAAACGGUUUUCUUUCUCCCUGAAAGUAAAGGCAGCGCGUAAAAAUAGGUUCCCCAGGGAUCCCCGGGUUUGAGAGAGAGGAAGCCGCCGACUGCCUUCUGCUGGUGGGGAAGCUGAAAACGCGGAGCAUGACGGAGUCACGGAUAAAACGGCUUGCGACGACGUUGAUGGACGCCACGACGGAUAAGGACCCGCUAGUCCAGGAGCAGAUCUACAACGCUUUGUGCCACCUGGGGGAAUCCGAGCCGGAGGAGAUCCUCAACUCUUGCGACGAGUACCUCCGGCAGCACGACAAGCUGGCCUACCCUCACCGGGUGAUCAUCCUGAAAGCGAUGGAGACGGUGGUGAAGAACAACAUCGCCCUCUUGGACAAAAGCACGGCCAAGGUGGUUAUUUUCCUGGCGUCUAAUGAAAUGACCAAGUCAAAGGAGGUGAUCCGGGACUGGCAACAAGCCGCGAGCGACGUCCUCGUGGCGGUGGGGCAGCGCUUCAUCAACAAGGUGAUGGAGGAGGUGCUCACCAAAUUCCAGCCGGGGAUCCUGCCCCACUACUUCGUCAUGCAGACGUUCGCCAACCUCUCGGUGUCGAACGUGUUCGGAAUGGUGCCUUUUCUCAACUCCAUCCUCGGGACGAUGCUGCCCAUGCUGGGAAUGGCCAAACAGGACCACAUGAAGUCCGUCUUCUGCUACGCUCUGCAGCACUUCAGCGAGAGCAUCCAGGAGUACCUGGCCAACUUGGACAAGGCCCCCGACCCCACGGUGAGGAAGGACACCUUCUCCAACGAGAUCUUCAGCGCCUACGAAGUGCUCUUCAACAGCUGGCUGCAGCACCGGGAAGCCAAGCUGAGACUGGCCGUGGUGGAGGCGAUGGGACCUAUGAGUUACCUGCUGCCCAGCGAAAAGCUGGAGGAGCAGCUCCCUAAGCUGAUUCCGGGCAUCCUCGCCCUCUACAAGAAGCACACGGAGGCCUUCUACAUAUCCAAGAGCCUCUGCCAGAUCCUGGAAGCUUCUGUCAACAUCGGGAGCCGCAGCCUGGACGUGCAGCUGGAUUCUCUCCUGGGCACCCUGCACCCCCAGAUUUGCGCUCCUGCGGAUCCCGCCGUCCCCCUGACGGUUAAAAAUCACACCGAGGUACUUCGAUGCUUCACCGUCCUGGCCUGCUCCUUCCCUGACCGCGUGCUGGCCUUCCUCCUCCCCAAGCUGGAGAGCAGCAACGAGAGGACGCGCGUGGGGACGCUCCUCAUCAUGAGACAGAUCAUCAACAGCGCCCCCUCUCAAAUGGAGAUUAAAAAGCCCUUUAUUCUGUCGUCCAUGAAACUUCCUCUGCAAGACAGCAAUAACAAGGUGAAGCGGGCGGUGGUGCAGGUGAUCAGCGCCAUGGCUCACCACGGCUACCUGGAGCAGCCCGGCGGCGAGGCCAUGAUGGAGUUCCUCGUCCGGCAGUGCGCCCUGCCUUCCGACGCGCAGCCCAAAAAGCAGCCGCCGGAUGCCGAUGACCUCACUAGUGACAGCGUCCAGAGCAUCAGCGUCAAUACCCUCUUUCUCCUCAGCACGACCGUGGACAGGAUGAACAACGUUCUCUGGCCGUACCUGCUGGAAUUCGUGACUCCCGUACAGUUCACCAACGCCCUGACCCCGCUCUGCAAGAGCCUCAUGUCUUUGGCCGUGAAGAAGCAAGAGGAGGGAGAAAACGCCUCCCUUAUCCGUUACGACCUGAACGCAAACCUUCCUUCGCCCUAUGCUCUGACGACGAGACUGCUGGUUGUAUCCUCCCAGCCCUACGUAGGAGACUGCCGGGGGGCGGCUGCCCUGCGCCUGCUGAACGUGUUGCAUUACAGCGUCCACCCCGCGCUGGAGCAGCUCUGGAGCAAGCGGGUCCCUCUCUUGGUGGAGCACAUAGAAGAGAACACGGAGAAAUCCCUGUCCCAGAAGGAGUGGGAAGAGAAGCUGCUGCUGUUCCUCCAGGAGACGCUGGCGGCCGUGGCUGACAACACCUGGAUUUGCCAUUUCGUCACCGAGAUGUGCCGGCAGCUGAACAGCUACAACGGCUUCCCGCUGGAGAAGAAUUUCCUGUAUAAAUGCAUCGGGACGACGCUGGGGGCCUGCGCCAGCAAAGACCUCGUGCAAAAGCAGCUCCAGGAGCUCCUGGAAACAGCCAGAUACCACGAGGAGGCAGAAAGGGAGGGACUCGCUUCCUGCUUCGGGAUAUGUGCCAUAAAUCACCUGGAGGAAACCCUGGCCAAGCUGGAAGAUUUCGUUAGGUCCGACGUCUUCAAGAAAUCCGUGGGGCUGUUCAGUAUCUUCAAGGACCGUAGCGACAACGAAGUGGAGAAAAUAAAGAGCACCCUCAUCCUCUGCUACGGGUACGUAGCUGUGUCCGCGCCCAAGGAGCUGGUGCUCUCCAGGAUCGAAGCAGACAUCCUGAAGAACAUCUUCCAGUACUUUAACACCAAGGUUCUGGGGAUAAAGGUAGAAACCAAGGACCUGACCCUGAAGCUCUGCCUCAUCCGGAGCAUCUGCAUGAUCAGCCAAGCCAUCUACAACGGCGCCAAGUGCGGAGACUUCGUCUUCUCCCGCAAAGCUGAGCUCGUGGCCCAGAUGGUGGAGUUCAUAAAAGCCGAGCCGCCGGAAGCGAUGCGGACGCCAGUUCGGCAGCGAGCGAUGAUCACCUGCACUUACCUGGUCGUCCUGGAGCCCCACCUCAGCGACCCCGACAGGACGGAGCUGAUCGAUACCUGCCUGGCCGGCGUGCUGGCCCUUCCGCCGCCGGAACCGGCGAAGGAGAGGGAGGAGAACGGAGGCGAUGCCUCCCACAAAGAGGUGCUGUAUGGCGACACCCUCAGCGCCCUUAAAGACCUGCUGAAGAGCCUCCUGCAGAGGAACUUGACCCCCCACGGGCUGCAGGACAUGUUUGCGCAUUUAGGCCCCUGGAUCAAGUCGAACAAGGAACACGAGCGGCAGCGGGCGGUGGAGGUCAGCGCCGCCUUGCUGGAAUUCUACCUGAGCAAGCUGAACGUCAGCACCGUCAUCCCCUUCUACAACCUCGGCGUCCUGAUCGCCCUCUUCUCCCCGCGUUGCUCCGACUCCCUGGCCAGCGUUCGCCAGGACGCCGUCGACUGCGUCUACUGCCUGCUCUACAUCCAGCUCUGCUACGAAGGUUUCGCCCGGGAUCACCGAGAUGAGAUGGUGGAGGGGCUGAAAGCUCUGAAGAAAGGCCUGGAGGAGCCCGACUUCACCGUUCUCUUCCGCACCUGCAACAACAUCGCCAUGGUGAUCGGGAAGCGCGUCCCUCCGGACCAGCUGAUGAGCCUCCUGCUCGCCAUGUUCGAGGGGCUGGCGGACCCCGAUAAGAACUGCUCCCGAGCAGCCACCGUCAUGAUCAACUCCCUCCUCAAGGAGCGCGGAGCUGUCUUGCAGGAGAAGGUGCCCGACAUCAUGAGCAUCAUCCACAGCAAGCUGGAGGAGGUGGACGAGGAGCACAUCCGCAAGGCGGCCCAGCAGACGGUUUAUAUCCUGGCCUCCCAGCACAAGAGCGUGGUGGUCUCCAGCCUGCUGGGCAGCCCCCUGCCCUUCGACAGCCACACCUGCGCCAUGUGGAGGUCCCUGGCCACCGAACCCACCCUCGCCUCCCGCAUCCUGGAGCAGCUCCUGGAGAAGGUCAACAGCGACGUCCCCUACAAGGAGAGCAAGUCCUUCCCGCUGCUGGGGAGCGCGGCCGAGCGCGUCGCCACCCCUCUGCCCCUGGCCGCCACAUGCGCUUUGUAUGAGAUCAUGUCUGCUCCGGAGUCUGGGCCGGCAGUUCUGGGACUUUACCCGCCGUUGUUUGUGACUCUCCUGCUGCGUCUCAGCUGCACCGUGGGUGUUCAGCUCCCGAAAAACCUGCAGAGCAGGGAGAGGAGGAGGAGCAGCAGCAGCAGCGGCGGCGGCGGCGGCGGCAGCGGCAACCACGGCCCCGCUUCCCGCAGCCUCCAGCCCUGCAGCUGUGCCGUGGAGACGCUGAAGGUGAUGCUGGUCCGGGGGGGAAGCGAGGAGGUCGCCAGGGCCGUGGGCAGCGCUGGCGGCUGGGAGCUGAUGGCGAGCGCCGAGAGGCACCACGAUGGCAUCGCCGUGCUGGCCGGGGCGAUGGCACGCCACGCCGGCCCCCGGCUCCCCCUCAUCGUGAAGAACCUCAUCCCGACCCUGAACAGCGUCUUCGACAGCCAGAGGAUCACCACCACCGCCUUCUUCGCCGAGCUCCUCAAUAGCAACGUGGUGAACGACCUGAUCCUGCUGGAGACCAUGAUGGAUAACAUGACGGGGAGGCAGAAGGACGCCUGCACGUUGGUGCGGAUGCUGGCACUCCGGGGACUCGGCAACAUCGCCUCCGGCUCCCCCGAAAAGGUGAGGAAGCACGGGGCCAAGCUCCUGGCCUCCAUGGUCAACGGCAUGGAUGACAAAGACGACCCCCACAACCUGGUUGCCCUGGAGGCCAUGUCCAGCCUCUCCAAGCUCCUGGAUCACCUGGAGGAAAGGGACAUCCAGUCCAUGCUCCUCCACAUCGCCAUCAGGAUCCGACCCUUCUUCGACAGCGAGCAGCCGGACCUCCGCCGGUCCUCCAUCGUCCUCUUCGGCAACCUCACCAAGUUCAGCCAAGGCAACUGCGAAGUCUUCUUCGAGCAGAUCCUCAACGGGCUGGUGACGCUGCUGCUGCACCUCCAGGACCCGAAGCCGGAGGUGGUCAAAGCCUGCAAGUUCGCUCUGCGCAUGUGUGGCCCCAACAUGGGCUGCGAUGGCCUCUGCGACAUGUUCCUCAACCACCUGCGGGAGGACAGGAGCCUGCACUACGGGGAGUUCAUGAACAACGUCUGCAAACACCUGAUGCAGAGCUACCCAGAGAUGCUGAACCGCCUGAUCUUGACCAACCUCUUCUACUUCAAGAGCAACUGGGUGGACAUCCGAGCAGCGGCGCCCAUGUUCAUCGGCUUCCUCGUGCUGCACGUGGACGAAGACCAGUGCCAACAAGUGGACCUGGACCAGCUCAUUUCGGCUCUGAACCUGCUGCUGAAGGACCCCGUCCCCUCCGUCCGUGUGAAGGUGGCGGAGACGCUGGGCCGCCUCGUCAGGAUCCUGUGAGCCCCGGGACAAGCCCGGCUCCACCGCAGCAAUAGUCGGGUCCGUUCCCCGGCCACGAGGAGCCCCGCGGCCACGGCCACGUCUUCCUGCAUCCAGCAUUCCCCCCUACCGCCACCACCACCGCCGCCGCGGCGGCACCAUCGUCUUCCUCGGCUCGCGGGAGCCUGCCCAGCAUCUCCGCCAUCCCUCCCAUCCAGCGCCGGCUCGGCCCGGCCGUGGCACGCCGGGGGCCACGGUGGGCACAGGGUCCCUCUCGGCGGGCUGCCGCGCGGGGGCCCGGUUGGCUUAUGGGGUGAAGGUCCCGGGCAAGGGGCCUCGGUGGCCCGGAGCCGCGAGCAGGCAACACCCCCGGGCUCUCCGUCCGCAUGGAUCCCGCUCAGCGGGGAGCAGGACGCAGCCUGAGCUCCCCCCCUCCAUGCCCCUCGUCCCACUCUGCUGCUCCCCGAUGGUGAAGGUGGCGGGGGGGGGGUCCUGUCCGUCCCCCCCCUCCCCCCGGCUCCGGGGCCCUACUCGGUGAAUGUGCCCGUCCUCUCGACACACGUGUACAUAAACGUAUUUUUAAAUAAAGCUCUUUGCUCCACACGA